GUUGAAUGUAUCAGUUUGCGGUGGGAGGUGGGAGCACGUGGGCCGGCGCUGGAGCCCGGAGCCUGUGAGAGACCCGGAGACGGAGAGAGGGACCCGGACCCCGACCCCUCAGCCUGGUCGCCUUGUCUCCCCACCCCCGGAUGAGUGACGAGAUACCAGGAUGAGGUUCCGAGCUAUCUUCCCAUAUACUCUGCCCGGGGUGCUGGCCCUCAUUGGCUGGUGGUGGUAUAUCACCAGGAAGAAAACUCGCCCAGGUGGUCACAGCAAAGCUCAACUUACCCCUGCACCUGAAUCCAUCGCCAAGGCUGGUGGAGGAGAGCAUUACACAGCCCCCAAGGAUCUCCAGGGUUUUGGUACAACAGCCGGAUUAACGACCACCAGUGAGGAAAAGGCAGAUGAAAGUGUGGACCACUCGCUGAAAUUGGUGCCAGCUCUCCAGGUUGAAACUUCAGAGCAUUCGGAAGGAGCUGAGAGCAGAUCGUGCCUAUUGACAGAUAAAUGUGACGCCAGUGCGGAAACCAACGCUCAAACGCUGCUUCUGGACUCCUCACCCCGAUCUCAAGAGGUUCUGUUCAUGUCCAACGUGCAAGGUCCCCUCCAGACGUCACCCAAGGCCGAGAAGGAAAGCUACCCCCAUCAGCUGAUGGACAAAGUCAGCAGUGAUCCCUCUGAGAACUGGCAGCCCCCAGUAUGCAGCGCGGUGAAGACGCCCAGCCCUUUCCCCGUCCCAAAGUCCUCUGUUUGCCCGGACGCAGAGAUGGGCAACGGCAGAGCUCUGUCCCAUCUCGGUGUCGCCGAAUGUGAGCCCCCAGUGAAUGACCAUCCCAACAUGGAAAGGCCUGAACCUGAGGGUGAAAAUGCAGGCAACCUGACAGAACCCCCCUGCUUCAAGACUACCCUCAGUAACAUUAGCCUCAGCCCGUUCCUGAUUUCAACAGGUCCCCACCAGGAUUCCAACCGGGAAAGCCAACCUCCCAAAGACCCUGCUCUCAUCAGGAAUGGCUUGCCUGCCGAUUUGAUCGUGAAGGACGCUGCUUGGGAUGAGAUUGAGGAGGCGGCUGCCGGCUUGAUCUCCGAGGUGAUAACUGCGGCGAAGCAGGAACUCUUCGCUUCUCAGUUGGACCCCUGUGUGGAGGGAGUGUGUGGAACUGGGGCAACAGGAAGUAAAUUCGCGAAUGCCCCCAUCACUGCAGAUGUCCUCAGCAGGGAGCCAGGAACCGAUGAGGUACGGAGGGUCAGUGAAGAGGAGCACUCGGUGUCCGGGACCAGCGUUGUCCAGAGGCUGGAGAGGGCUGUUGGAGAUCUUUACAAACCUGAUGGAGAGGGUGAACAGGACGGGUUUGCCAUAGAGCAUCCCACUCCCAUUGUGUCCAGGAAGUCUUCGGAAGAGGCGAACCUGACAGCGGAAGAUUCUGGCUGCCAUUCCGAAGAUGGGGCAAUCGGGGAGGACCUACCAGAAGGUAGUGCAGCUUCAGAUGACCUAAAGAACCACCAAGACUCAUUGAGUAGUCGUGUGGUGUCCAAAGGUCACCUGGAACUGAGCUGUGAGGAAAAGCUUGAGGAGCCUGAAAUGGCACUGGGAGAUUCUGGGACAAGAGGAAAUGUUCCAAAGGAUUGUAUGAAUGAGGGAGACCAGAACCACCACACCACGGAGGAGGAUCUGAAUAAACAUUUGGAUAAAUCGAACGCCAUAGCGGGGGAUGCUGGUAGCAGUGUUUGCCACUUAGGGGCAGGAGCAGAGGAGCCUAUGCUCACCAAGGUAACACCUGCCGCAGAACAUCAGAAAACAGAUGCUCUGCGUGACUCUGUGACUGGAAGAACUCCCCCAGAGCAGGAUCCCAAACACAGGCACGGACCACUGGGGCAUCAGGGAACUAAGGUGACCUAUGCCAAUGGAGGACGUGCAGAAGAAGGUGCUGAUGGGAGUUCCCAAUUGGGUCUCGAAAUGGAGUUUGAUCAUUCUGGAGGUUCUGAUGUGAACAGCAUUGAUUCGAAUGACAGUGGGUGUACUGCAGGUGGACCACAGGCCCUGAGCAAGGAUGGAGCAACUUUAAACGCACUACAAGAUAAAUCAGAACUCACCAUCUGGGAGGUCCAGGUGCCGAAGCAUCUGGUCGGACGGUUAAUUGGUAAACAGGGAAGAUACGUGAGCUUCUUGAAGCAGUCUUCCGGUGCCAAGAUUUACAUAUCCACACUGCCUUACACACAAGAUUUCCAAAUCUGUCAUAUAGAGGGGAAUCAGCAGCAGGUAGACAAAGCACUUAACCUGAUUGGAAAGAAAUUUAAGGAGCUGGAUCUCAGGAAUCUAUAUGUUCCACCUCCUCCUCUGACACUACCUUCAUUGCCUAUAACCUCCUGGCUCAUGCUUCCUGAUGGCGUAACCGUGGAAGUUCUGGUGGUGAAUAUUGUCAAUGCCGGACACAUGUUUGUACAGCAACACACUCACCCAACAUGUCAUGUACUACGCAGCAUGGAUCAACAAAUGUUCAUGCUUUACUCUCAACCGGGAAUCCCAACACUAUCGCCUCCAUUAGAAGUUGGAAUAAUCUGUGCAGCUCCAGCGGUCAAUGGCGCCUGGUGGCGAGCACAGGUUGUUGCCUAUUUUGAAGAGACAAAUGAAGUUGAAAUCCGAUAUGUUGACUACGGAGGCUAUGAACGAGUUAAAAUAGAAGCACUACGGCAAAUCAGGUCUGAUUUUGUAUCACUACCUUUCCAAGGAACUGAGGUACUGCUCGACAACAUAAUGCCUCCCCCAGGUGAGGACCAUUUCUCUGAAGAGGCCAACGCAGCAAUGGACGAAAUGACCCGAGGUGCUGCUCUGCUCGCCCAGGUGACUGGUUAUGACAGUAGUGGUGUACCCCUAAUAAACCUAUGGAGUAUAAUUGGAGAUGAGGUCCUGUUUUUAAACCGAAUUCUGGUGGAGAAAGGACAUGCGCAAUGGAUAGAGAGCUAUUAGUCUGCGUCUGGGGCUCUUUUCUAGACUCAUUUUGCACUGCAUUGUAAUUCAAUCAUUUGCUGGCUGUGCAGAUGUAUAUAUAAAGUCACUGUAUUAAUAUUUUGUAAGAUCUCGAUGGAGUACAUAAAGGGAACUUUUUCCAAAAAAUGAUGGUGUCUGAUAGGUAAGUGGUUGUCACUCGAUUUAAGUCAUAUCUGAUUUAAUUUGAUAUUUAAGAAAUAAAAUUAAUUGUCAUUGUACAGAAUAGUUUUGCUAGAUUACUUGAAUGGAAUGAUAUUGUGAUCAAGAACUAUUUGCUACUUGGUUGUACAGACCUGUAAAAAGUAUCAAGAAAAACCUGGUGGAACUGAGCUUGUGUGGUGGUUUUUUAAUUAUAAUUUGGAGCUUCUCACAA